AUGAUAAAGGAUAGGGAGUCGGACAAAAUAUAUGAUUUGGUAAGCAAUGGCACCACGAUGACCCUUGAGGAUCUCAAGGAGUUCAUAGAUAUUGUAUUCUUGCACCUAAAUCCCCAGCAAGUGUCCCAGCUAACUCAAUCUCUUGGGAGCACUGUAACAGGAGAUGAAUUCCAUUCGAUUCUUGAAAUCCUAGUAUUGAAAAGAGCUGGAAGCUUGGAUGUCUUCAACUCUUGGGACAAAGGCCAGAAGGGCUACAUAGAUAGAUCGGACCUGGAGGCAAUCCUUAGGAGUUAUGGCCUUUCUUUCAAAGAAAGUUACAUCGACAUGAUGAUCGAUAUGUUUAAAGAUAGAAAGAUGAGACUUGAAGAUUUCAACAAGAUUUAUAAAGAAGAGUAG